AUGGGUUUUUUAACGUGUUUUGGACUGAGACCAAAACGUAAGGUGGUCCAAAAACCCAAGAUGAAACCCGUUGCUGUUCAGGAACCCAUACAUGACCAACCACCGUCAUCGUCUUCUGCCAAUCCAGCGAGAGUUUCAUCAGAUCUUAGAGCACUGCUACCUCCAUGUGAUCAGCCAAGAAAAAAAUUCGCAUACCAACAACUAGCCACCGCAACAAACAACUUCAGCCUGGAUUCUAGGAUCGGACAAGGUGGAUUCGGUGAUGUAUACAAAGGAAAGUUAGAGAUUAACGGACAGUUAAAGGAUGUGGCUGUUAAGAUGCUUGAUCCGUGUGGUAGUCAAGGAAACAACGAGUUUCUUGUGGAAGUCUUUAUGCUCUCGAUUUUUCGCAACAAAAACCUCGUGGAAAUGUAUGGUUAUUGCUGUGAAGACAAUCAAAGAAGCAUCGUCUAUGAAUAUAUGCCUCUUGGAUCUUUAGAAGAUUGUCUCCACAAUUUCAAAUCUGCUCAAGAGGUUUUAGAUUUGCCCACAAGGAUGAAGAUAGCUUUAGGAGCAGCUAAAGGGUUAGCAUAUCUUCACAAUGUAGCAAAACCAGCAGUGAUCUAUAGAGAUAUGAAAACUUCAAACAUAUUGCUAGACAAUGAGUUUCAACCGAAGCUCUCUGACUUUGGGCUUGCAAAGAUUGGUCCAAAUGAUGGCAUGUCUCAUGUCACUACUAGAGUUAUGGGAACUCUCGGGUAUUGUGCACCCGAGUACGCGGCUACUGGGAGACUGACGCUGAAGUGUGAUAUUUAUAGCUUUGGAGUUGUGAUUUUGGAGCUUUUCACUGGACGCAAACCUUUUGGGGACUCAUCCAUGGGUGCACAUGGUUUCCUUGCGAAAUGGGCACUGCCAUAUUACAGGAACCAAAACAUAAAAGGGCUAACAGAUCCGAUGUUAGCAAGACAAGGUCAUCCGUACUUGGACGAGAUCGUGAAAAGAGCCGUUCACUUGGCGUUUGCGUGUCUGAAAGAAGACGCAAAAGCUAGACCGGCCAUUGGCCAAGUAGUGAAGGCUCUGGAGGUACUAGAUGAGUUCAUAGCGAGGAAAGAUAACGAAACGAGCAUUCAACAUGAACUACCAAUAGAUAAGGGGAAGAAAGUUGAAGGGUCAACUGUGUAUGAAGAGGAUGAAGAUUUUAAGAGACAAAGAGAUAUUGCUGAUGCUACUAAGAUAAGGGCUAAAGGAUUUAAGAGAUGA